AUGGAAAAUGUUUUCCAUGACUACUAUUUCAGGAUCCAGCCAGAAGUCACCAUCAGUGAUCUUGCUGCCCUCAAACAGAAUGAAGAUGAGCCUGCUCAGGACUUCAUAACCAGAUUCAGAAAGCUUAAGAUGAAAUUUUGGAUCCUUAUUGAAGAAAGGCACUUCAUCCAAAUGGCUUAA